AUGGGUGGAGUUCUGCUGGGUGUGCUUCCGACAUGUGCUCAAACAGAGAUGAAAAAGGUUGUCGGAGACAAUGCCACGCUGCCCUGCCACCAUCAAUUCUGGGUGGGUGAUGACCCCACUUUGGACAUUGAGUGGCUGCUUCUCAAGCCGUCCAACAGGCAGAGAGUGGUGAUCACAUACUUUGCUGGACGGGUUUUUGACCCCAAUGAAGCAGAGCGUGGCCGUGUAGCCUUCGCUGGAGAAUACUUAAAAGGCGAUGCCUCUCUACUCAUCAGUGACUUGUCUCUGACAGACUCAGGAGAGUACAGCUGCAAAGUCAAGACUGGUGUGCAAUACCACUGGAGCACCAUCAGCCUCAUAGUGCUGGUGAAGCCAUCCAAGCCACGGUGCUGGAUGGAGGGCAAACUGUUAGAGGGUGGUGAUGUUAAGAUGAGCUGCAAGUCUGCUGAUGGCUCUGAUCCCAUUCACUACAAAUGGGAGAGGGUACUGGACAAGGGCAAGUAUGUUGGCAAGCUGCCCCCACUGGCCCAGAUAGAUUUGAAAAAUCCGGAGAUUGUGACAUUGAGGAACUUGACCAAGGACAGCACCGGAGUCUACAAAUGCACAGCCAUCAAUGAUGUGGGAGAAGAGAGCUGCACAGUGGAGAUCAAGAUGCACUAUAUAAGAGGAAUGGGUGUGGUAGCAGGGGCAGUGGUUGGCGUGUCAUUCGGAGUCCUCCUCAUCAUCCUCAUCAUCUGGUUGGUCUUCCGCAAAAAGGAAAUGAAAAAGUAUGAAGACGAAGAGACCCCGAAUGAAAUCAGGGAGGAUGCAGAGGCUCCCAAAGCCAAACUGAUGAAGCCCAACUCCCUCUCCUCAUCCCGCUCUGGCAGCUCUCGCUCAGGCACCUCCUCUACCCAGUCCAUGGUGCACAACAUUGGGCCUCGAGGCCAACGACCCUGUGUUCCAGCUGUGGCAGCCCUCAAGGAAAACUGCCAAGUCUCCAGCUUCCCCCAGUCUCCACCUGGCUGCAUUCAGACGGUUCCCAAGACUCCUGAACCCCGUCCUACACCCAUCUCCACGUCUACCUCAAACUCCAAGCCCAGUCCUCCCCCUAAACUAAGUCCUGGGAAUUUGAUCCGCAUGGGGGCCUCUCCUGUUAUGAUCCCUGCUCAAACCAAGGCCUUCCAGACUGUAUAG